CGCCUCGUCCGGAACCGCUGUGUUGAGGCUCUAGUUGCGCGGGGGGGAGUGGUGAGGUGGCGGACCCGGGUCCGGGAGGGUGUUUGUAUCGUGCUGCUCGCAGAGGGUUUAGCAGAGUCCUAAUUUAAGAAAUGGAACAUGGAACCUACCCGCAGAACUCAGGAGCAACCUAGAAAAUUUAUCAGAGGUAGAUGCAUUAAAAAAGAGGAUAACACUAUGGCUGCUACAGUGAAUUUGGAGCUUGAUCCCAUAUUUCUGAAAGCCCUGGGCUUCUUGCAUUCAAAGAGUAAGGACUCUGCUGAAAAGCUGAAGGCACUCCUUGAUGAGUCUUUGGCCAGAGGAACUGACUCAAGUUAUCGUCCAUCUCAGAAGGAAGUAGAGCAGCCAAAAGUAUCUGUUACCAAACCUACUUCCAGUAAGCAAGAGCCUAAAGCUUCUAGUUUGCCUUCUGGCAACAACAAUGGCAAGCCCACUGCAUCAGAAAAGGUGAAAAAAGAAGCAGAAAAAAGGUCUGCUGAUAAAAUAAAAGGGGAUUCCACCGAAGGAGCUGAUACACCAAAGAAGCCCAGAGUAGAGAAGCCAGAGGCUCGUUCCUCUCCUAUUACGGUUCAGACAAGCAAGGAUUUGUCCAUGUCUGAUUUGUCUAGCUUUGAGGAAACCAGUGCAGAUGACUUUGCUAUGGAAAUGGGAUUAGCCUGUGUUGUUUGCAGGCAAAUGACAGUUAUUUCUGGGAAUCAGCUAGUGGAGUGUCAGGAGUGCCAUAAUCUCUACCACCAGGAUUGCCAUAAACCUCAGGUGACAGACAAGGAAGCGAAUGAUCCUCGACUUGUAUGGUAUUGUGCCCGCUGUACCAGACAGAUGAAAAAAAUGGCUCAGAAGACACAAAAGCCACCUCAAAAACCAGCUCCUGCAGUGGUUUCAGUUGCACCAGCUGUGAAGGAUCCACUGGUCAAGAAGCCAGAAAUCAAGUUAAAACCUGAAACCCCAACAACUUUUCUAGCAUUUAAGAGAACAGAAGUCAAGACCUCAGCAGCAAUUUCGGGGAACUCAGCCAGUACAAGUGUUUCCUCUUCAGCAACCAGUGGCCUUACAGGAUGGGCGGCUUUUGCAGCCAAAACCUCCUCUGCCAAUCCAUCAACUGCCAAACUAGGAUCAACAGCACAGAGCACUAGUGGGAAACCUGCAGCUUCUUCAAAUAACCAGAAACCUGUGGGUUUAUCAGGGUUGGCAACUUCCAAAACUGGACUAGGGUCAAAAAUAGCUUCUGCCAACAACAGCACAAACCCUGGUCAGCUGAAACCUCCUCCACCUCUGACACUGGGGAAGACCACUCUCAGCCGUUCAGUAAGCAGUGACAAUGUCAGCAAAGCAGGUCUUCCUAGUCCCAGCAGUACUGUGCCAAGCUCCAGCAGCCAGCUGAGCAGUGGGAAUGGCAACAGUGGGACUGCAGGCAGCAGUGGAGGAAGCGCAAGUAAAACCUCAGCAGACACUGGUAAUCAGUCAACCUCCCUAAAAGGCCCAACUUCUCAGGAAUCUCAACUCAAUGCUAUGAAAAGGUUACAAAUGGUCAAGAAGAAGGCAGCUCAAAAGAAGCUGAAGAAGUAGUAUGGCUGCUUCCUAGUUGGUUGUGUUCUGUGAAACAGCAUCAUUGGUGUUUUUCUUAAAGAAAAUCCCCUGGUUACUGGACUGAAAUGGCAGUCAAAUCAGGGAAACCCAAAAUCUAUGUUAUACAGGAGGUCAAACUUUGAUAAUCCUGGUAUUCCUUCUGACUUUGCAAAUCUGUGAGUUGAAUAUAUUGGAGGAAUUCACUCCUGGUUUUUUAGCUCAAAACACUGAAACAUGAAAUUGUAAAUGUUGGGUAGUUUGGAGUGUGAAAGAAAGAUCUCUGUGGACUCUUACUAAAUUGAACUUACUGAAACUCAUUCUUAAAUGUUACUAAUAAAAGUACUG